AUGAUGCUUUUAACAGGCGCAGCUCUUGUUAUUGGAGCUCUGUCUUUCGCUCAUGUCGCUAGUGCUGAGCCUACAGUCGACCGGUUGGUUUCAAAGCGCUAUCUCGAGAAGAGAGGUUCUGGGUUUGCGAAUGGUGGCAAUCGGUUUAAUAGUGGCAAGGGGCCUAAUGGGAAACCGGUCAACAAGGCCAACUACGAACUAUCCUUCUACCAUCUAAACGAUGUUCACGCUCAUCUUGACGAGUUUCGUUCCAGCGGUUCUUCAUGUACAGACACCACAAAAGGCUGCGUCGGAGGAUACUCUAGGGUCAAGACUGUCAUCGAUUCGAAGAGAAAAACGAAAAAGAACUCCCUCUUCCUUAAUGCCGGCGACGAAUUUCAGGGAACGCUCUUCUAUACCUUGUUCAAGGGGGAGAAGAUAGCUCAGACCUUGAAUCAGCUUGGUUUUGACGCGAUGACCCUUGGAAAUCACGAAUUCGACGAUGGAGACGACCUUCUCGCAGCUUUCUUGCGCAACCUCACGUUCCCAGUUAUCUCUAGUAACAUUCAUUCAAAGAACCGGAAACUCGCAGCAGCUCUGACGCCGUUCAAAAUUUUCAACAAGCACAACCUGGCCUUGAUCGCUGUUACUACAGAAACCACCUCGACUAUCUCUAGUCCCAGCAAUCUAACCACGUUCGAGGACCCAGUGAUCGCCGCCAAGAACACGGUCAAAUUCAUCAAGAGGUACUAUCCUUAUAUCAACCGCAUUGUCGCGUUGACCCAUAUCGGAUACGACAAAGAUAUCGAGCUUGCGAAAUCGACCAGGGACAUCUCUUUGAUUAUUGGUGGACACUCGCAUACUUUGCUCGGAAAUAUGACUGGAGCACAAGGCGCGUACCCGACUAUCGCCACUAACCUGGACGGUGACGAGGUCUUCGUCGUCACGUCGUACCGAUGGGGAGAGUACCUUGGAUACAUCGACGUCGAGUAUGAUAGACGGGGAAAGAUUGUCUCCUAUGAGGGGGCACCUAUUCACUUGACAAACGCUACCGCUGAAUCGCCUAAGCUAAAGGCUCAGGUCAAGAAAUGGUCGGGCGCAUUUGCUGAUUAUGCUAACACAGUCCUCGGUUCCACAGAGUUUCCCCUCAUUCAGACUACAUGCCAGCUAGAAGAAUGCACCCUGGGAUCUUUUACUGCUGACUCGAUGGAGGACUACCGCCCCACUGUCGACGGCGCGAUCAUCAACGCCGGUGGCAUCCGCGCUGAAAUCGACGCGGGAAACAUCACCCUGCAACAAGCACUCGAAUGCUUCCCCUUUGGAAACAGUAUCGCUGAGCUCGAUUUCACCGGGGCGCAGCUGUGGGAUAUCUUCGAGGGCAUCGUGUCGAAGAAGAACCUUGUUACCGACGCUCCGGUGACCAGCUUUGUGCAGAUUUCAAGGAGCAUCCGGUUCACAUACAACCCUGCCAAUCCCGUUGGGAGCCGUCUCAUCACCUUGAGCAUCAAAGGCCAACCUAUUGUCCUCACCAAGACGUACAGAAUCAGCACACUGGACUACCUUGCGACUGGAGGUGACAAUUUCUGGGCUGCACGCACGGAUUUUGUCUCCCUCGACACUAUGGACGAGGUGUGGGCGGAUUAUGUGAGGGCCGUUACGCCCAUCUCAUACAAGGUCGAUGGCCGAAUCGCGACGACCACUGAGACGGUUCCCCAGAAAGGGGUUUAA